CAGAACAGUCAAAAAACUAAGGCUACUGAAGGAAACUAAUUUUAAUGGAGGAAUGAGUACCGCCAAUGAAUAAAAAGGUGGCGUGUUCAUCAAAUUAUGCAGUUUAAACAGAAGUUCCUCAACAUACAAGAAAAGUCUUUCAGUGUAUGGGAGAAAUUCUUCAGAUGGCAAGAGAAGUUCUUCAGUGGGAUACUCAUCAGCAUAUUUUUUGCCUUGUGCCUUUUCUGUGUGCAUGCACAGGAUAUCGUCCCAGAACCUAAGACUGCUGAGCUACAUCAGAAUAAGCCAAGAGCACUACGUUUUUACUCUAAGCAAUCGGAUCAACACCCAAAAGAGACUGGAGUAGGUCUACAUCGUCACUUGGAAAAUGCAUUAAGAGGCGGUUCUAUCGGAAUUGAUUUUGACAUCAACCCAUUAAAACAAUUAAAAUACCUCUUCCAAAACAGGUUCAAGAAAUUUAAUAUUGAUUGGAGCUCUUUGAUUCAGCCAAAGAAAAAACAGUCUCAUUCCGACUUUGUAACAGUGAAACCAAACGAUGGAAACGAAAGGGAAGAAAGUGGAAAUUACUGGGAGUAUGUAAGAGAUAAACAAAACACACAAAAAGACUUUUUUAAUGGAAAUCGUUUUGAUCCAUGAAUAAAAUUUGAUUCUGAAGUAAAAAUUAUUAAAUAUUACUUUUGUCUUUGA